AUGAACAAGACAUCCCAGCACGGAGGUGACGGAAAAGAUUCCGGGGAUGGAGUCUUUCAGAAAGCCCACGAUGAUGCAGUCACUGACACCAUCGUUGAGAAGAUGUUGACGGAGACGGAGGCGGGGGAGGCCCAUACGCUCGAGGGGCACCUGAAUGCCACAGAGGAUGACAUCCUGGAGGCCAAGGAACUCGCCGCAUCAAUGAGCCUCGAGACUGUCCGCAGCAUGAUGCAGAACGUCUUGGCAAUCCACGAUGGCGACCCCAACUUUCCCUUUGUAACGCUCCAGAAGAUCAAAGAGUUUCUCGGGAACGAUGACAUCAUGGAGAAUCCUGAGAAGCAUGAGGGGCUCGUACAAGAGAUGAAGCUAGAAGCCGCGCUCAUCACCAACAAUAGCCCAUACGCCGAGGUUCGAGCCGUUGUUGAUAACCACGAUGACCCAACGACGCCGGUAUCCACGAUCCGCGCCUGGACUUUGGGGUGCUUCUUUAGCGUCUUCUUGUCCUUUGUGAACCAGCUCUUCUCCAUCCGACAGCCCGCUAUCCGAUUCGACACCAAUAUUGCCCAGUUGCUCGCUUUCCCACUUGGAAAGGCUUGGGAAAAGUGGGUUCCGAACUACGAAUUCUCGCUUUUCGGGCAGAAAAUUGGUCUCAACCCGGGCAAGUUCAAUAAAAAGGAGCACAUGCUUAUUGCCAUAAUGGCCAAUACGUCCAGGAGCCUGCCGUACACCAACUACAUCAUCUGGACUCAGGUUCUUCCCCAAUACUUCAACCAGCAAUAUGCCCGACACUUUGGAUACAUGUUCUUGAAUGCCUUUGCCACCAAUUUUAUUGGAUACGGUCUUGCUGGCUUGACUCGGAAGUUCCUCGUCUAUCCUUCCUAUUGCGUCUGGCCAAUGUCACUUGUUACGAUCGCCCUCAACACCGCUCUCCACAACGAAGAGAACCAGCCUGUACAGGGCCCAUUCGGGCGCAUUUGGUCCAUGUCCCGCUAUCGGUUCUUCUUAUACACAUUUGCCGCCAUGUUCAUAUACUUUUGGUUCCCGAACUACCUGUUUCAGGUGCUCUCCUACUUUACAUGGAUGACCUGGAUUGCGCCAGAUAAUCUGAACCUGAACAUUCUCACUGGCAUGCAGAAUGGUCUCGGUCUCUUCAAUCCUGUGCCCACCUUUGACUGGAACGUCAUCUGCUUCAGCACCGAUCCACUUAUGAUUCCAUCCUUUGCUACCUUCAAUGCCGUUGCGGGCAUGUUUGUCACUGGACUCUUCGUACUGGGAGUGUGGUACACUAACACGUGGAACACGGGAUUCUUACCCAUCAACACAAACCGCGUCUACGACCACUUCGGAAAACUCUAUAACGUUUCUCGCACACUUGAUGAUCGCGGAAUGUUCGACCUGAAUAAGUACAUGGGCUAUUCCGCUCCAUAUAUGGGAGCGGCCAAUGCACUUCUUUAUGGCUUUUUCUUUGCCAUCUAUACAGCCAUCUUGACACACGUUGUCUUAUACCAACGCUACGAAGUGACGAUGGGUUUCCGCAAUCUUUUCAGGAGUCUAAGAUUCCGCAAGAACAAGGCAACGAGCGAGAACUCCAACUCGCAAACCACGGAAGGGGAGUACUCGGAUGUACAUAACCGGCUGAUGGCAGCGUAUCCGGAGGUGUCUGAGUGGUGGUACUUCAGCGUUCUUGUCAUAUCAAUUGUUUUUGGUGUCCUCGGCAUAGCGCUGUGGCCAACCUAUACUUCACCUGCAGUUGUACUCUACGGCAUCUUGUUAUGUCUCAUUUUCGUCAUCCCAGUCGGCGUUACCGUCAGUAUGACUGGCAUUGAAAUUACGCUGAACGUGCUUGCCGAGUUUAUUGGUGGCAUGAUUGUCGAAGGCAAUGCACUGGCCAUGAACUUCUUCAAGUCCUACGGGUACGUUACUUGUGCGCAUGCAAUCUCGUUCGCCAAUGACCUUAAGAUUGCCCACUACGUCAAGAUCCCGCCACGAGUCACGUUUGCUGGCCAAAUGAUUGCCACGCUUAUCUCUACCCUCAUUUGCACUGGCAUCAUGAAGUUCCAAAUGGACAUCAAGAACGUAUGCACGUCGGCUGCUCCGAUGCGUUUCCUUUGCCCUGGGCCUAAUACCUUCAUGACGGCUUCGGUCCUCUGGGGCACAAUCGGGCCGAUCAAAGUCUUUGGCAAGGACGGCCAGUAUAAGUGGUUGUUACUUGGCUUCCCUCUGGGCGUCGCUUUGGUCGUUUGCAUGUGGGGUCUCAAGAAAUUGUGGCCGAACUCUCGGGCUCUUCGGCAGGUCCACAUUGUUGCCGCUAUCGCUGGAUCGCUCCAAUGGGCACCCUACAGCUUCUCCUACGCCUGGCCCGCGGUCCCUGUUGCCUGGUUCUCCUGGAUUUUUAUCCGCGGCCGCUACUUGGCGUUCUGGUCUAAGUAUAACUUUGUCCUUUCCGCGUCGUUUUCCGCUGGAGUCGCCAUUUCCGCCAUCAUUAUGCUUUUCUCGGUUCAAUGGGCCGGGAUCUCUGUGGAUUGGUGGGGUAACACGCAGCCGUUCAAGGGAUGCGAGGAGACCCCCUGCACGCUACACCAGUUGGGUAAAGGCGAGCGGUUCUUCCCGUGGUGGGACGGCACUAAGAUCCCUGCGCCGUAA